AUGAGAGGGGUCGUAGACGUGAUCUUCGGUCUAAUGGGAUAUUCCAAGCCAUCAUCUCCGACGGCCGAGCCUCGUCGUCAUCACAAGAGUCUCAGUGUGGAUGAGUCGAUGAUGCGUGCUCGAUCUGUAUUGCAGAGCGGUGUAGCAAACGGCAGCACGAGAAGGACCGGUGUUGCGACGAACGAUGCAAUAGGCGACACCAAUGAGACUCAACAGCGAAAAGGCGGAAGCGGCCGACCGGCUAUCGUCGCGGAGGACGUCCUAGCAAGUAUCGAAGGUUUACUCACUGAGUGUGAGCACGAGCUUGGUAUUGAGCGCUCCCGGAACGACAAGCUGGAGAGCGAAAAUCUCAAGCUAAAGGAGAAAUACACCAGGUUGCGCACCGACGCUAGCGAUCAAGUAGAAGUUCUGAAAAAGCACAAAGCGAGAGCUGAAUUUCUAAAUCCUCUGGUCAGUGGCAUAAUCACAAAGUACCUAAGUCCCUAUGCAAAAGCCAAACACCUUGGGAUUACGAACUGGACACCAAAGAACAUCGACGCGGUCUUAGAGCCUCAAUUCCUACAAGCUAUGGAAUUCGACUCCAUGCGAGAUCAGAUCCGAAUCUUACAGAAUGAACUGCUUGCCAAAGUUGACAAAGUCUCAGCAAUUCCUGACGAACAAUUUGCCAAGGAUUUCCGAAGCAUCAUUGCGCUCGUCAAAACUCUGAGUCGCUCAUCUCGCUUUACCGAUGGGGUGGAUGUUGUCGAGAGUCUUGGCUCUUGCACUUUAGCAAAGGAUGUAUCACGGCACCAUUGGGACUCCCGUUCGAGGAAGAAAUACCUGGUGGAGGCAUGGGUCUGGUCUGUCCUCAUCGGUGACGUGUUCCGUUCACCAUUCACCAUCUUUGGAAAGCAGUGCGAUGAGAUCUGCGUAGUAUGGAUGAACUUGUUUGGAGCGGAACACCACCAAGGUCUGCCUUGCCCAUCAUCUCCAUGCGAGACCUGGCGACGUGCAACAACAGAACACCUUGUGCAGUUCUUAGGUCGUGAUAUGGUUGCCCUUGGUGAGCCGAAACAGCAAUACCCUUACCAGAAUGGUAGUGUGUUCGAGCUCCGGGCCAAUGUCACGGGAGUAAUUCAGAAUCUGACCAAAAUCUCCCCGACGACUGAUAUUUCGCAAGUCGACCAGAUAGUCACCAAGGCUUUUACAUUGGCCAUGGAAAUGUCGCUCCAGCGCUCUCGUCUCCAGGUCACCUAUCCGGCAAUCGGGGCCAACUUCAAUGAACAAGAAAUGUCUUCAAUGCCCGAUCCUAAUGGCGAAGAUAUCGACGAGGGCGUGGUAGCUUUCAUCGUCAAUCCCGGACUGACGAAGUGGGGCGACGCACAUGGAAAGCAUCUCGACCAACGCUACGACAUCGUUCCUACCCUGGUCCAGCUCGAGCAUAUGGCAACGAUGAAGCAGACCGAUGCAGCCGACACCGGCGUUGAGAAGUGUAGGGUCUCGGGAGAUGCAACAGAGGAUGUGUAUGGGAAGAACAGACGCUAA